AUGGUGAAAAGUGUAUCCAACAAGAGUGCUAAAAGAGCAUUAAAAUCUGGAGGAAAACUUAACAAACGAAAAAGAAAUCAAAUUGUAGAAGAAAAUGAAUCAGAUGAAGAACAAACUGAUUUUUGUGACCUAGAAAUUGAAGAAGAAAGUGAAAGUCAAACUGAAUCAGAUGAAGAAAGUGAAAGAGAAACUGAAUCUUCUGAAAGAGAAAUCAUCAAUAACAAGAAAUAUGGUAAAAUUAAGAAGACAAUUAAUGUUUCUGAUGAAGAAGGAUUUUAUGCAGAUACAUAUGUUAUUCAAAUACAAUUAUUGUUACUAAAAUCUGUAUUUAUUUACGUAGAAAACAUCAAUAAGAAGAAAUAUGGUAAACGUAAGAAGAAAAUUAAUGUUUCUGAUGAAGAAGAAGUAAGCUCAAAAAGUAAGAAGUCUAAGAAAGAAUCAAAUAAAGCAAGAAAACAGAAGACAUAUAAGAAAGGUUCUGGAAAACAAAGAAAAAAAGUUAAUUUGGUAUCUGGAGAUAGGCCAUAUAUAACAGCUUUUAACGGUUUGGCUUCUCUAGUUACUGCAAUGAAGAAACGAAAAGUGAAAUUGACUGCUGAACAAAUUAAUUUGUUGAUGUGUUUUAAAGAAGCAAAAAAUGAUGAAAUAAAGUUUGAAUUUGUCAGGGAUGGUGUAAAAUAUGUUCUAACGUCCACACCGGAAGAGUUCAGUGUUAUAACUAGGAUGUCAUUCUUUGAAGACAGGCAACGUGAAACAAAGGAGGCAAUGUAUGCUGGUGACUUUAAAGAGAGUGAGUUUUACAUUAGGAAUUUUGGUGAUCGGAAAUCUGCAACAAAGAAAGAGAUACAAAAGACAAUAUUUCGAUUGUUAAGAUUUCAGGAAGAUAAGGAAAUUGAUGAUGAUUUAGAGGAAACUGACGAAGAGGAGGAAAUGGAACAGUCUCCUAAUUUGUCAGAAGAUGAUGAAUUAGAGGAAAUGGAACACUCUCUUAGUUUAUCAGAAGAUGAUGAAGAUGAGGAAAUGGAAAAAUCUAUAACAAGGAGGAAAAAUGAAGAUUUGGCGAUGCUUAUAGGACUGUUCAUGUGCAAUACUCUCUUCUUUACAACUAAAGAUGUUGGUGCAAUAAAGGAGAAGUAUCUGGGUUUAGUGGAAAAUUUUGAAAAUGCAAGACCUUGUCAUUGGCGCAUCUGA